GCAAAAGCUCACUUUUCAAUCUUCCUUCUCUCCAGCAUCGUACUCAUGAAGCUCUCGUACCUUCCGCUCGCGCUCCUUGCGAUCGCCUCCGACCUUGUCUUUGGUGGCACCAACGCGCCUGGGCUGGCCGCCGGUGUCACAGGCGGCGGCAACGCAACGCCCGUAUACCCCACAAACAUCAACGAGCUCAAGGCGUACCUCCAAGACGCUGUGCCCCGGGUCAUUGUCCUCAACAAGACGUUCGACUUUCGCGGCUCCGAGGGCAAGAAGACCGAGACGGGGUGUCGCCCCGACUACACGCGCGCUUGCAUCGCCAAGAAGAAUGGUUUCCAGAGCCAAGAUGUGAUUUUGCAGGCCGGUGGCAUGGCCAACACGGGCGGAUGCACCAACGGCACGCCCGUCCAAGUCUCGUACGACGUUGCGGCCACGAAGAACCCGCUCGUCGUGUCGGGCUCCAAGACCAUCCGUGGUGAGGGCCAGAAGGGCGUCAUUGUCGGCAAGGGUCUCUGGCUUCGCGGCGACAACAUCAUUCUUCAAAACGUCCAUGUGACCAACCUCAACCCGCAGUACGUCUGGGGCGGCGACGCCAUCUACCUCAACGGCAAACCCGAUGGCUCAGCCCUGCAAAAGAUCUGGAUCGACCACGUCAAGAUCUCGCUUGUCGGUCGGCAGAUGCUCACGACCGACGGCGCUGGCUCAGACAGCAUCACCGUCAGCAACUGCGACUUUGAUGGCCACACAACAUGGUCGUCGUCGUGCGAUGGCCACCAUUAUUGGAACAACAUUUUCAUCAGCAACCUCAAGAUGAGCUACAUCAACAACGUCAUCCAUCACACCUCCGGUCGCGCGCCCAAGAUCAACUCGUCCAACGGCAAAUACUCGGUGCAAGUGCACGUCGCCAACAACUACUGGUACGACAACACGGGCCACUCGUUCGAAGUCGACCAGGCGUACGUGCUCUCAGAAGGCAACUACUUUGAGACGACGGCGUUGCCCAACCUUGCCGAGCCCAACGGCUGGAUCAUGUCGACGACCAACGACAACAAGGGCACAUGCAAGGCGGCGCUCGGCCGCGACUGCGUCCCGGACGCAUUUACCAACAGCGGCAAGUUCGUCGACCAUGGCGCAAGCGCGGUGCCGGCCAAGAUGAAGGGCAUCGCGACGGCAUUUUCGACGCAGCCCGCCAAGCGCAUUACCUUGUCGACGGCUAACUUUGGUGUCGGCAAUCUCUAACUGUGCAUUUUAUCGUGUUGUCCUUUUCUAAUAUCAAAAUGUUCAUGAACGUCAUUUUCAGCGAAUUACUUUACUUUCAAAUUUCUCCAAAAAAAAGUC